AUGGCGGGCAAGAUGGUACUAUACAAGCUGGUGGUGCUUGGAGACGGCGGUGUCGGAAAGACUGCGUUAACAAUUCAACUGUGCUUACAACAUUUCGUCGAGACAUACGAUCCCACAAUUGAAGACUCCUAUCGGAAACAAGUCGUCAUCGAUGGCCAAGCAUGCAUGCUGGAGGUACUGGACACCGCAGGCCAAGAAGAGUACACAGCGCUACGGGACCAAUGGAUCAGAGACGGCGAGGGAUUCGUGCUUGUAUACAGCAUCUCAUCACGGUCGUCCUUCUCCCGCAUCAAGAGAUUCCAUCAUCAGAUCCAAAGGGUCAAGGAGUCCGUCAACUCGUCGCCGACGUAUCCUGGCUCGCCGAUAACUGCCGCGAGCAGCUCGCCCAACGUGCCCAUCAUGCUCGUAGGCAACAAGAGCGACCGCGUGACGGAACGAGAGGUGUCGACACAGGAAGGCCACGCACUGGCCCGCGAACUCGGCUGUGAGUUCGUUGAGGCGUCGGCCAAGAAUUGCAUAAACGUCGAGAAGGCCUUCUACGACGUCGUGAGAAUAUUGCGCCGACAGCGCCAGGCUGCGGCAAGGCCGAUGCAACAAUCGGGUCCCCGAAGGGAAAAUGGCGGCACCCAUGGGGGUCGAGCGAAUAAGAGAGGCGGCCAUAAGGAGCGCGGCGGCCGCUGUGUCAUAUUAUAA